AAUUAUCAUUACUGUCUUUGUUUAUUGCCAAUGUUUGUAUUUACCGGGGUAGGUGUUUAAAAAUGGAGUAGUUGGGACUUCAGCACGGUUCGGGGGGAUAAAUCUGCAUCUGUGAAGGGGGGGGUCUCCGUUAACACUCAAACACAAUGACCUGGAUUUAGGAUGCGGCAGUGUGUGGAAUUCCCUUGGUUUAAUGGAGUCUUGUAAAUAAGCCAACGUCGCCCUGGAAACUUCAACUUGUCGAAUUCGGUCAAAUAAAGCCAGCAGACUUUUUUUUUUUUGAGUCCGGCGUUGGUUGAACUUGAACCAGGUGUCUUGCAUAACAGCGGUGUCACGGUGUGCCACCCUGGGGCAUUAAACGCAACACAGCGUGGCAACUCUCGUUCAAUUUCAAAUACAUCGAUACAAGUUUAAUCAGAAGGCGGUCGAUUGAGUCAUUGCUGGCUAUGCUUGUGGUCCCUUCCGUAUUGUUUGAUGGAGUUGGGUCUGUACUUUUCCACUGGAGUUGGCGGAGCUUGGCAUCUGCCCCCCUCCGGGUCCAGACUUCAGGUUCAGACUCGGAUCUCUGUAUACAGAGAGAACCUGCGUCACUGCCAGCGGAGACGCGGCCAAAAUGGUGGAGUUGGGUUGUUCUGGAGGUCACCAGAUUGUUUGACACUUGGGUUCGUAAUUCACAAAGCAUAGUCACCAUUUCAGCCUGACAUAAAAACCCCUUUCUUUAUCAUUUGCACACUGUUACGCAUUAAAUGAAAGCUUAUCUCAUUUAGACUCUGGUACUUGAUGUUGUCAGCUGUUAAGUAAUAACUGGAUUGUGACGUCAUUUGCUACUGUAGUGCUGCAAUAAACUGUGAUUAGGUGAGACUUUAUCUCAAAAUUAAAUGAGGCAAUAUCUGACUUUAAUCAUACGUAAAUGAGUCAAUUUUUUUUAAGUACAGUAUGUUACUGGCUAUUUUUUGUUUUAGAAAGCUGCAAUGUAUUUAUAAUAGAUCUUUUUAAAGAUGUAACUUGUUAUUCUAGAACAAGGAACUGUUUUUCCUUGCAAACAUAUUUUGAGACGACAAUAUAUCUAUUUAAAUCAUGCGCUGCAGGCAAGUGUACCACUCUUGAGAAUAACAAAUCAAUUACUGUACUGAAUUCCACUUACAGAAGCAAUUUAUGGAUGUAAAAUGCUAAACUUUUAGACUCAGACUUUAAGGAAUUCUUAGUCUUCAGAUAACACAGCAGCAAAUUCUUCAAGGUCUCUAGCAAUGUGAUCAUGCUUCUUUAGGCGCUUAGCAAUAUAUUUAGACAGAAAUUUGUUUAGAUUUUUUAUUUUCAGUUUAAUCUUAAGUAGGUGAAAAGUGCAGUAUAUUUAUCACAAAAAAUGCCUCAAAUGACGUGUUUAAUAACUGGUUUAACUCAUGUAAACAUGAACUAAUGGGCACAUAACUGCGGUGAUCAAAAUAUUGUCUGGUAAUAUGCCAAGGUAUAAACGCUGCAGAGCAGCAUGUGAGUUCAACAAUUGAAAUGGUUCACAGACUUGUGUUGAAGUGUCGCUGUCCUCUAUGUGAAUACAUGUGUUGCUGUAGUAACCUGACGCUGUGUUAAGUUGAAACUUUGGCAUCUCUUGCUGUGUUUUGAUGCCAUGGGCUGUUGGCUAAAAGUUUCUGUUACCAGCUCAUUAGUGCAAACAGUACAAACAUUCCCAGCAGUUCAGCCUUUUUUUUCCCCUUUUCAAACUGACACAAGGCGAGGCAGUGACGCGCUCCGACCGCAGCCGCCCCGAUAGGUUCCAUUCAUGUACUGUGCAGAAAUGUUGACACAGGAUUACGCCUCCUCCUGGUGGGAGGAGGGGACUUGGGAGUGGUGGGUGUUUCUGGCGUGACUCCUCCUCCGCUCUCUGCCUCCUCCUCCUUCUCCUACUUCUUAAAACACCAGUCAAAAACUCUGAUGGUUAUAGUUUUGGCUGCUGGUCGUCGAAGAGCACACGGCAGGAUCCAGAAUGAUCAUCAAAACUGAAACAGAAAAACCCGCAAUGACUUACUCAAAAGCCAGGGGGCUGGUGGAAAUAGUCACCGCUUUUAUGAAACAGAGGAAGAUGGGACUCAACGACUUCAUUCAGAGACUGGCCACUAACUCCUACGCCCCCUGCAAGCAUCCUGAGGUGCCGUCCAUUCUGAACCUGAGUCCUCCUCAAGACGCAGAGCUCAUGAACACAAACCCGUCUCCUCCGCCCAGUCCGUCUCAGCAGAUCAACCUGGGACCCUCCUCCAACCCCUCAGCCAAACCCUGCGACUUCCACUUCCUCAAGGUGAUCGGCAAGGGAAGCUUCGGCAAAGUGCUGCUGGCGCGGCAUCGUGCCGACGACCAGUUCUACGCGGUAAAAGUCUUGCAAAAGAAGGCCAUCCUGAAGAAGAAGGAGGAGAAACACAUUAUGUCAGAGAGGAAUGUGCUGCUGAAGAAUGUCAAGCAUCCCUUCCUGGUGGGCCUCCACUAUUCCUUCCAGACAACCGACAAGCUCUAUUUCAUCCUGGACUACAUCAAUGGAGGAGAGUUGUUCUACCACCUCCAGAGAGAGCGCUGCUUCCUGGAGCCGCGAGCUCGCUUCUACGCAGCGGAGAUCGCCAGCGCUCUGGGGUACCUGCACUCCCUCAAUAUCGUCUACAGAGACUUGAAGCCGGAGAACAUUCUGCUGGACUCCGAGGGACACAUCAUCCUCACCGACUUUGGGCUCUGCAAGGAGAACAUUGAACCCAACGGGACUACGUCGACGUUCUGCGGCACACCAGAGUACCUGGCUCCUGAGGUCCUGCACAAGCAACCCUACGACCGCACAGUCGACUGGUGGUGUUUGGGCGCCGUUCUGUACGAGAUGCUGUACGGCUUGCCUCCGUUCUACAGCCGCAACACGGCGGAGAUGUACGACAACAUCCUCAACAAGCCGCUGCAGCUCAAGCCCAACAUCUCCAACGCGGCUCGCCACCUGCUGGAGGGGCUUCUGCAGAAGGACAGAACCAAGAGGCUCGGCUGCACGGACGACUUUAUUGAAAUCAAGAACCACAUGUUCUUCUCCCCCAUCAACUGGGACGACCUGAAUGCCAAGAGGAUCACCCCUCCCUUCAACCCCAACGUGACGGGACCCAACGACCUUCGGCACUUUGACCCCGAGUUCACAGAAGAGCCGGUGCCCAACUCCAUCGGCUGCAGCCCGGACAGCGCCCUGGUCUCCGCCAGCAUCAAGGAGGCGGCCGAAGCCUUCGUGGGCUUCUCCUACGCCCCGUCCAUGGACUCCUACCUAUAGGAUCUUCUGCUCGGACACAGACUGUGCCAUCUGUGCGGACUUGCAUGGUGACCCCACAUGUCCCAUCAUGAUGGCAGGCCAACCAACAGCACCCCUCCUCCUGCAUCAAAUAAUUCGACCGACCUGCCAUCAUUCUUGAAUGCGCCGCAGGAGCGCGGCUGCCAGAGGAUGCCUGCUGUGAUCGAAUUGCUCAUCUGGGUUCAUCAUAUUAAUGCACCGGUUCUCAGCCGUGAUAAAUCCAAGCGACUGUCCACCUCUUUUAGGGACCUUUUGCAGCUCUGGAUAAGCACACACACAUCCAUCUUUUCCUGAAAUAGCAGGGACUGCACCAGCCUUGACUUGAGAACUGCAUCAUCACCCGAGUAGCUGGGAUGCUCAUUUUGGUGCUUUUUUAUUUUGUUUCCUAUCAUUGGUUUCGACAAAGGGAAGCGGAAUGUUACAGAGCGGGGCGUUUUGUUUUUAUUUCUCCUGAAGGUGCCUUUUGGUUUCUUUUCUCUCCAUCGGACUUUUCGCCAGUUUGUUUUUUUAUUGUGAAACUGACAGCCGAGUCUGAGGCGUAGUGUAGCGAUGUAGCACGGACUAAGAGGUUUCACGUCUUUGUUUGCACACCAGCUGAUAGAGAGAGAGGGAGCCUUUACAACCAUGACAGGAGAACUUCUGCUUGACAACAGCGGCCCCUCCUUGCGCAGUAAUGUCGGCGAGAAGCCGCGCUAACCACAUCGGAACGCAACAUUCCAUUUGAAUAUUGCUGUAAUGCAGUCUGGCGGUAUUUAAGUUUGUUUGUAUAUUUGGAGUUCACGUGUACUAGUUUUAAUGUAUAUUGAAGCAGACGCUGACUUAAGUUGAUGUAUGUAACAAAUUGUGUCAAAUGUACUGUAAAUUGUAAAAUUGUUAAAGAUUUAUGUGUUUAAAAUAAAAGUUUAACUUUAUUACACCUUA